AUGACACAAACAAAUCAAAGAAAGUAUGAAUAUGAAACUAAUACAUAUUUACAAGAUUCUGUAAUAAUUUACAAAACUCCACAUCGAAGUUUAAUAUAUAAAAUUAUUUUAGAAGGCAAAUACCCACCAGAAUUUAAGCUAUUAUAUAUUAGAAAACCUGGAAAAUACAAAAUUCCUAAUAAUUAUAUUUUUCGAGUUGUUUAUGGUGAUGAACAUAAUGAUUAUGUAGAAUUUAAAGAAAGUCCUUCAGCAGCGGCAAAUUUAUAUCAAAAAGUAUCGGCUCAAAAACAAAUUAAAUCAGUUUUUCAUAAUGAUGAUGUUGUAAUAUUAAAUGAAAUAAAAUUUACUAUUAAUAGCCAUUCUUAUUCAGUUGUUUAUAAUCAACAUUAUAAUAAUACAGAAGAAUUACGUUUAUUAGCAAUUAUUAAAGCAAUGGAUGUUAGCAAAAUAUCACGAUCUGCAUAUAGAACAAUUGCUAAUCUUAGUCUAAGUUUGCCACGUGAAUGGUCAGUUUCUGAAGCAAAAAAACAACUUAUGUACAAUAUGGCAAGUCAAAUAAAAACAACUUUAUUUGAUCUUUCAACAAAUUUAUUAAAUAACUUAACUGAAUUAAUUGAUGAAGAAAUUCAUUUUAAUGAUCAAAAUAUUGUUGAAUCAGUUAUAGAGUCAGUUGGAAAAGGCACAUAUAGAUCAAUUAAAGAUAUCUUGGCCUAUUUAAUUCCAACAUUAUCUUUAGUAAUAGCAGAGCUCAAAACCACUAAAAAAUUUGAUAGCAAAUAUUCUGAAAUUAUUGAAGAAAUGAAAAGAAUCAAUGUUUAUUUUGAAUUUUGGCAAGAGAAAGGAACAACUACCGGUAGUUGGAAAUAUACUUCCCUAAUAGGAAGUGAUAAACUUAAGGUACUUUACAACUUCAACUUUGCAAAGAUCUUACCUAAUGAUCAUGCAAUAUUAGUAUGCAACUUGUGA